CUUAUCCUGGUGGGAAGAGCUGCAUAACCUGCGUUCAUAUUCCCUCUGCCCUCCUCUUACAAGCUCUUCUUCUCCCAGCUCCGGCGUCUUGCUCCAUCGCUGGCCACAUCACUACCAUCAACCUCGCCAACGCCGACGUUUCCCUCUCCAGCAUCCUUUUCCUUCCUCACCCCCAUCCCCUCUUUGCAACACUUCCUAUUACAAAACCCAGAAUCAUAAACCAAAGAAGAAAAAUUGAAUCUUUUUUAGUUGAAAAACAAAGACAAGACAUUAGCAAGAAAAAUGAAACCCAAAAACCCAGAAACAACAAGAGAGAAGAAAUAUUGAUUUUUUUUAGUUGAAACCCACAAAAAAUAAAGACAAUGCAUCACCAAGAAAGCUGAAACUCAGAAACUUAGAAACAUGAAUAAGAGAAAAGAGGGUGGUAGAUCUGUGUUGUGUUAGCUUUUGAUCUGUGCUAGCAAAGAGAAGAAGAUGAAAGAAGAAAAAUAAUCAGAAGAGAAGAUGGAAGAUAGAUCUGUGUGAGCUUUUGAUUUUUGAUAUGUGUGCACUUUUGAUUUUGGUUUUUUAAGAGAAGAAGUUGAUAGAUCUGUGUUAUGCUAGCUUUUGAUUUUUUGGGUCUCAUUUUCUGAGUUUUCUAUGUUUGGGCGAGAGAAGGGUGUAUGGAAGAGGGAGAAGCGUUCAUGGAUUGAAUUUCCAAGAGACCAACAUCACAAUUCAAAGAACGAUAAAUAUUUAAGUAGUAGUGUGUGUUGUGUCCAAUUGAAUCCAAAAAAUCAAAGCUCCUCCACGUUUCAAUUGAAUCAAUACAGUUUUAACGCACAAAUCCAUCUUCCAUACACCCUUCUGAUUUUGUUUGUUGUGUUCAUGUUAGACAAUUGAAAUUGAAAACAAUAAAGGUGAUGAGGAAGGACUGUGAAAGGGAGUUGGGUUUGGGGCCCCCCUAUGGGGCUCCGCGCCCCACUUAAAGUGGGGAAAUUACGGAAAAACCCCCUUUACAAGAAUACGGAAUAUUAAAUUUCGUAUUCAAUACGGAAUAUAAAGUUCCGUAUUAUAUUACUAUGUAAAUGACAGGGGUUUUUCCAAAACCCAUUUCAGCGCUCCAAAACAUUUCAAACCCUUGCUCUCCAAUCUUCGAGACCGACGAUCUCCUUGCCUCAAUCAUCAUCUGGAAAGUGUACCAUCGUCUCCAUCAUCAAACCCAUUCUCCCCAUUCAUUGCAUUGAACCUAGAGUGAGAAUGAAGAACAGAAAGAGGUCUCGAGCUAGUGAGGAUGCGGGGCCUACAGAGGAUAGACACCGGCGAUUACAUGCUUCUAGCCGGCGCGGCGAUCAAGCUGCGACCUCUCACGCGGUUGAGGCUUCAGCUCCAGCUCCAGUUGAUUCUAUGCAGUCGCCCAUGGUAGAGGCUUCAGCUCCAGCUCCAGUUGAGCCUACUGAUCGAGUUCCUACUCCGCCGUCUCCCAUGGUUGAGGUACCUCGCCAUGAGUCAGCAGGCGAGGAGUCAUCAGGCGAGUCGUCAUCCGGCGAUGAGUCAUCCGGCGAUGAGUCAUCCGACGAGGAGUCAUCCGGCGAGGAGGGGUCAUAUGACGAGGAUAGUAUUCCUCCUCCUGAUGUUGAUGCUGAUGUCGUGCCAGAGGCACAGGGUGGCGAGGAGGACCUGAUCCAGAGGUUGCCGCCGUUUCCGGGGGGGCCUGUUGAUCUGUCGCUUCUCACGCAUUAUGCUGAUCACAAGGCUCCCUGGACGUGGCAUGCACUCCUACGCACAGACGAGCGGUAUGUGGACCGUCGACACUUGAGGGUGGCCACAGCUGGGGGGAAGGUUUGGAACCUUGCUUGUGAUGGUGAUUCAGACAGUCACAGGAGGGUUCGAGAGUUGAUUGAGCAGACGGGUCUUCAUCAGCUACCCUGGUGCAGCUACUCGGAGACAGAUGCAGGCCUCAUUUUGGCCCUUGUGGAGCGAUGGCAUGAGGAGACUAGUAGCUUCCACAUGCCGUUUGGGGAGAUGACCAUCACCCUGGACGACGUGUCGGCUCUUCUCCAUCUCCCAAUGGGGUCGAGGUUCUAUACGCCUGGGAGGGGGGAGAGGGACGAGUGUGCAGCGCUAUGUGCUGAGUUGAUGGGAGGAUCUGUUGCUCGUUAUCAUGCUGAGUUUGAUAAGAACAGGAGCCAGACUAUUCGCUUUGGGGUCUUGCAGACCCUGUAUGAUGCUGCGUUGGAGGAGCACCGAUAUGAGGACGCUGCACGGAUUUGGCUGGUGAACCAGCUAGGCGCGACGCUCUUUGCUAGCAAGAGCGGUGGAUACCACACGACCGUCUACUGGAUAGGUAUGUUGCAGGAUCUCGGUCGAGUGUCCGAGUACGCGUGGGGCGCAAUUGCGCUCGCUACGUUGUACGACCAGCUUGAUCGAGCGUCCAGGAGGGGGACGGCCCAGAUGGGAGGUUUCAGCUCACUCUUGCUAGGAUGGGCCUACGAGUACCUUUCUGAUCGCGUCAUUAUCCGGAGGGCGGAUCCGGAGUACUCACAGGACCAGCCUAGGGCGCGGCGGUGGGUUAUGUCCCGGGUCGGGCAUGCAGGCCUCGAUGAGAGGCGAGUCAUGCUCGAUGAGCUGACGGUGGAUGACAUUAUAUGGACCCCAUUUGAGGACCAUCGGGCUCAUCGACCACGGGAUCAGAGGGCCAUGUAUUCUGGCUACAUCCGGACGCCAUUUGGCCGUGUUGUUCGACGACAUCUACCAGAGAGGGUUCUGCGCCAGUUUGGCUACAUCCAGGAUGUCCCUCGACACCCCUCCGAGAUCCAGACGACUGGGUCCCUUGCUGAGACCGCAGAUGCUGCCUAUGCUGAUUUUGUGCCGCACCUGCGCCCUCAGGGGAUCCCUGUUACUCAUUCGGGAGAGGCUGUGGAGGAGUACAUGAGGUGGUAUGGCGGUGUGUCCCAUCGGUUCAUCAUCCCUGAUGAUAGGAGGGAGGAGUUCAGUGCUGUGACGGUUGUGCGUCGGGUCGUGGACUUGUUGGAGCAGUCACUGGAGGUGCCAGAUGCUCUUGCAGUUGGCACGCAUGCCCGAUCCCUCACUGAGAGGGCGCUGGAUCUUAUUAGAUCCAGCGCAUUCAUCGGUACCCAGGGAGUAGCCUUUGCUGCUGUCCGAGGAGCUGGAGCUGCAGGAGGCAGAGGUCGUGGAGGUAGAGCCCGUGGAGGCAGAGCCCGUGGAGGCAGAGCCCGUGGAGAGGGUGCACCUGCAGAGGGCGCUCGUGGAGGCAGAGCUCGUGGACCUAGAGGUCGGAGGGGUGGCGGUAGGGGUCGGGGCGAGUGACUGUAUAUUUGUAUAUAUUUUUUUGUGUACUUUUAUAUUAUGACAUGUGACGACAUUGUAUGGACUCUUUUUAUAUUAACCACGCUUUCUAUUUCCACC